UAGCUUCAGUUGUCGAAACGCCGGCCGCGUGCUAACACUUCACUCAGUUCCCGCUCGUACUUUGGGCGGUCCGUACUACGAAUCCCGGCGUUCUAUCGCGAUUCACCUAUAAACUUGUAUAAAACUUUCGAUUUUCAUUCAAGUGUUCAUUAGUGACAAUAUAAAACGAAAUGUAAUUUGUUAAUGUGUUAUAUUGUUUAAAUAUAAGUAUGUAUAAUCACCGUGAAAGAUGACCGGAGUCAUUAAAUAUUCAUGAUAUCUAGUGAGUACUACGAAUCUGGCAACGUAACUCGACUGUAUCAACAGAUUAAUAAAAAAUGGAGACUGACAAAAUGUCGACGGCGUCGUCAGUGGGGGCCGCGGAGAGACGGCCUCUGUUGCAAGCUCUGGUGAUUGAGAGGCGAAUACUCUUUGGAUGCACAUGUUUCAUAGGGCUGUGCACCUUUCUUUGGAUCGCUGCUGUAUGCACUGAAAAAUGGGUGCAUAUAGAAGGUGGAGACGGAAUUUACCUGCCAACGGGCCGGUACUUCAUGUACAGCAAUACUGGAGUGUGGGAGAUGUGCAGAUACGUCUUCCAACCUAACAAGACUAUUACGCCAAAAGAGGCACCCCCGAACAUUUCAAACCUCACGGGAGAGAUUUAUACAAGAUGCACAAAUUACCUGGCCCAGCCCACCAUGGAUAAUGGGCGUCCAAUUGACUUAGCUUACGAUAUUAAUAUAGCUAAUUACGUGCGGACGAUGAUAUCUUUUGGUAUUAUCAGCUUAUUCGUCAUGGCUAUGGGAUGUGGCUUCUCGGUGUACACCUUCCACAACCCUCGGUACAUGUUCAAGCGUCUUGCUGCUGGCAUCCAUUUCAUUAGCACAUCAUGCACAUUCGUUGUUGUGCAAGUAAUGAUGUCUUCAGUGGACCAUAUGAAGAAGAGUGUGAAAUUCAUCUAUCCAGAACGUGCCUAUCAUUAUUACAACAUCAGCUUCUUCCUGGCCUGGUUCGUGGUUCUCGUCAACCUCUUCGCAGCUGCUUCUUUCCUCUGGUACUCCCGCAAGAGGAAAGGUGAUAAAGCAGCCACAGACGAGCUGGCCAUGGCUGAUGAACCAACAAUCAUCGGCCGAUGACGCUUCCAGCACAUCAUUGUCACGCGACAUCUCCAGUCGCGGGAAAGCUUCCUCAAAUCUUUACUGAACAGUGCUCAAAUGACCAAUAGCUGUAACUAUGUUCAAGUCUUCCAUGUAAUGUAUUCUACGAAAAUAAGACUAAGUGAUGCGGCCCGGGUGAUGUUUUGCCAUUCGAAGAUUAUAGCAAAAUUGUUCGAUUCGUUUAUUUGGAAUUUCAUUCGUAGUGAAAUCAUAUUUACUGUUGUUAGUUGAUUCUAACCCUGUAGUAGAAAACGAUCAUCAAAACGAAAACAACUGUCAAACUACGUUAAAUAUAAAUCUGAUUUUACUUAGAUGGAAUAGCUGAUAAAUUGUCAGUACCAGAUAAUUCCGUAUCUAGUCGCUUUUCAAAGUCGACGGAGUCAGCUCUUAUGCCUGAUUGGUUUCGAAAACGGUGAAAUUCGAUGGAGCAAUCGUUUUCGAUCAGGAGGUGCAAUGAGUUCAUCCGAUUAACUCGAGCUGGGACUUGGUUUGAGUCGCAUCACUAACAUAAUUACACAACGUCAGUUUCAGCUUUUAGACGAUUCUUGACUGAUUCUGUUACCUUGAAUUUAAUUACACCCUGAAUGUUAAUCGUGACGUUUAUAUUAUUACGCCUUGUUAAUCUUAUAAGCGACGGAAAAAUAAUCUUUAUUGCGACAUUUUUUAUUACCGGCUUGCAAUAUUUUUAUGUGAAAAACGUAUUUAAACUUUAUGCGCCUCGGACUUAUAGGAUUAACGAAGUUAACGUACAUCGUGUUAUAAAAUAGCGGUUUUUUAUAAUUCAAACAUGCGUAAUCUUUUGCGUUGAUAUGUAAAUAUGUUGUACUUUUACUAUGCUGCCAUGAGACUACGUGUAACUUGAUUCUAGUCAUACUUAUAUUUAUAAUGCAUUAUGUUUGUAGGGAUCACUUCCGUAAUUAGUUUGAAUAUUUUAUGGUGAAACUCAUGUUCUGUUUUACGUAAACACAAAGAUAAAAUUAUAUUUGUAUUAGUGUAAUUUGUAUCCAUAUAAGAACAAGUCGAGUUGGGACCAACGGAACAUAAAAUACAUUAUAGUCUAAACAUCGGGGACUUAUUUAUAGAAGUUCUGUGGGGAGCGCAAGAAACGCUAUCUUCGGAGUGAACUUAGUGUGAGUUGAAACAGUUACGGAAUGCGUCCUGAAGAGUGGUAUUGUUUAUUCCAUUAUAUUUGCAUUAUCGUGUGUAUUGAUGUUAUGUAUGUUCUUCUUAUAUAUAAAAUUCUUUUUUAUUGAAUAAAUUAUUCAAACUUUAA